UCUGUCGUAGAGACCUCCGAUGGCAAAUUGUGCCUGGGCGAUCUCACACACAACACUGAGCUUCUGCCGGUGACCUGACGACUCCCGCCCCUCCUUAAAUCUAUCUUAUCGCCCCCCUUAGUCGCCAGGGAUGAGUUCCAACGGCGGCUUUGCCGACCUCUUCAGCCUUGGGACCGCGAGCACGACAAAUACCGGCCGAAGAUCCACCUCUACCAUUCGAUCGCGCAACCGCCGUCUGAUCUCAUUCACAGAGGAUGAUGUCGACGAGAAUGGCAAACAAAUGCAGUCCUCCGGGUUGUCGUCGAUGCUAUCCCCCGAUAACUCCGCUGUUCGCUCCCGCGGUGCUACACCAUCGCCUAACCCGUCCCGCGGAGUGUCCCCCAUACCCAUGAGACAUCCCUCUCGAGCAACGGAAGCGGCCAACCGUAGCAAGGGAAAUAGCUCCUUAGGUGGGUUCUGCCGUGAGGAGGAAAGUGGAAUGAUGUUUGCUGAGUCGUCGCGAGCCGCUGUAGACUUCUUUGAUGCAUCAUGGACCUCGCUUCAAAGUCUAGCCUCGUCGGUACUAGGGAGCGAUAUUGCACGACCGGCCACCACCAACGGAAGUACUAGGACGCAUGUGAGGAAGCCCUCCCGUCCAGAUCCUUAUAUGAGGCCCCCUGCACGAACGUCGACACCAGCAACCUGGGGUCCCUCUGCCCCAUCUACGCCGGAAAUUGGAAGCGGAACCCAGGAAGAGAGACAGGCACUAGUGCAGGCAAAGAAAAGGGAAGCCCUUUUAUUAGCAGACACUGGCCCGGCUUGGAGUACAACCCCGCGACACAAACGGCGGGAUUCCAGCGAUCGGACGGGUCAUUCGAAUAUUGAUCCUGACCUCGACGAGGAUGCCUUAGCUUAUAUACAUCAUGUACAGUCCACAGAUACCAUCACCGGUGUUACGAUACGAUAUGGGUGCCAGCCCGCGGUAUUCCGCAAGGCCAACGGCUUCUGGCCUAGCGAUAGCAUUCAAGGCCGAAAAACCGUUCUUCUGCCCGUUGAUUCGUGCUCGGUCAAAGGACGGCCCAUCCGACCUAGAAUGGGAGAGGACCUUCUAAAAGAUGGUCGCCAGGAAGGCGAGUCUUUGGAGGAUAUGAACGGCAGCUCAAUAGCACCCACUCCAUCGUCUACGUCUGUCGAGGGUGGAACAUCUGCGUCUCCUGCGGCAGAGAUUGAAGGUGACCGAAUAUGGAGGCACGAGUCGUGGGUACACAUCGAGGGCUUUCCUGCGCCGGUUGAAAUUGGCCGCGUCCCCCGCAGAGCAUUGGGAUUCUUCCCACGAACGCGGCGGAAAUCGGUUUCGUAUUCGGACUCGGUGUCGUCUCCAUUAUCUGGACGAGGCACAACCGCUCCCUCGUCGCCUUCGCCAAUCGACUCGGGAUUUACUCAGCCAGUCAUUCCCAAAUGGAGUCGCCCGCAUGCCGAUUCGUCUGCGUCACGUACCUCUUCCAAAGGCAAGCCGGGCAUUCGCCAUCAACGCCAGCGCAGCAACAUCCAUUUGUCGGGACCUGGCGUUGGCACUCUCGACCAUGAUUCAAAUGCACCAGGCCCCGCCAUGGACGGACUCAGCAAAUUCUUUGCACAGCAUAUGCCGAAUCUUGCGCCCGUGGCUCGCCCACCGAAUUUCGAAAGCUCGUCGGAAAGUGCGUCGACGGCGGCCGCGAACACACCAACCAGCCUGGACAACCUUGGCGGAGCAGUCGAGUCGUGGGUCAGAAAAAUGACAACUCGAGCCAAGGCCAGCUUGAAUGAACUGCAGCAGACGCCUGGCCCGGCAACCCAUGACCCCGCACAGGCCGUUGGACGACGCGGCAACGGCGAUCUCAUCGAGUUGAACGACGGGAUGGAGUCUCGCAGCUCGUCGAAUGCGAUCUCCGAGCCUCGGUGGAGACCCGAUUUGCUACGGUCGGGAUCAAGCCUUCACGAAGGAACAGCGUUGCGGGGGCGUUUCCUCAGCCCUUCACCUGGGACGAGCCGGACUCGUUCUGGAGGGGACAGGGCGAAAGAUGAUUGAUGGGCAAAUACGCUCCGAGCGCGCCAUCUCCGUGGCUCGGAAGCUUGCUCCUUGAUUUGUUGUUUCAUAAUACUUAUUUUUGCUCUUUCGCCCGAGUGCAGUGGUGGCUGCAUGUCGGGCAGGUAUUUAACUUGGGCGAUACCAACUACACGUGUGCACUUGAAGCAUAGCACGGCGCGGCGGGGAUGCGCCGUCUUAUGACUAUAAUUGAUGUGGCCGACUGACUGUUUGGUGUUAGGGAUCUUGUGCUAGUCUUGGUUUUCUGUAUUUAGAAGAGAGUGCCGGUGGCAUUGUGAUUGAUAUAACUAGAGCAAGGCGUGUCUCCAUUCGCAUCCUCAUCGGUCAUCCCUUAUACCCCGA